ACCAAUCAACAUUCCUAUCUACUUACCAACCUACCAAUCAACCUUCCCUAUCUACUUACCAACCUACCAAUCAACCUUCCUAUCUACUAACCAACCUACCAAUCAACCUUCCUAUCUACUAACCAACCUACCAAUCAACCUUCCUAUCUACUAACCAACCUACCAACCAACCUUCCUAUGUACUUACCAACCUACCAAUCAACCUUCCUAUCUACUUACCAACCUACCAAUCAACCUUCCUAUCUACUAACCAACCUACCAAUCAACCUUCCUAUGUACUUACCAACCUACCAAUCAACCUUCCUAUCUACUAACCAACCUACCAAUCAACCUUCCUAUCUACUUACCAACCUACCAAUCAAUCUUCCUAUGCACUUACCAACCUACCAAUCAAUCUUCCUAUCUACUAACCAACCUACCAAUCAACCUUCCUAUCUACUUACCAACCUACCAAUCAAUCUUCCUAUGUACUUACCAACCUACCAACCAACCUUCCUAUCUACUAACCAACCUACCAAUCAACCUUCCUAUAAGAGAAUAUUUUAAUCUGAUCUUGAUUAUAGAGUUUCUUAUCUUUUCUUAGAAUCUGUGAUAUUGCAAACAUUCUUUGUAUUAAAGUCAAAGCUCCUCUCUGUAAGUUGAGGUCACAGGUCAAAAGCUUCUCCCCUUUCCUGUGGGGGAAGGGUCCCUGCCUGCAUGCAGUUUGCGAGACAAACAGAUUAUUGUCUCACAUCUGCUAUUGAUUAGGUAAAACGCGGGUUUCUGAUGGCUCCGCCUCUUCUAAUGUUGAGGCGGGCUGUGUCUUUCUUUGUGUCAGAGAUGACUUGGUAGACCACAGGGAUGUGUGAAACUAAGAAAUCUCCCCGGCUGUAUUAAAUGUACUUGUAAAUAAACUCUCAGUGCUUUGGCUAACGACGAUCCAGUCUCCUUCAUUCCACCUCAACAUUGCAACACAGAAGUUUUCAUCACACUUCCUAUCUACUAACCAACCUACCAACCAACCUUCCUAUGUACUUACCAACCUACCAACCAACCUUCCUAUGUACUUACCAACCUACCAACCAACCUUCCUAUCUACUAACCAACCUACCAAUCAACCUUCCUAUCUACUAACCAACCUACCAAUCAAAUGACUAACCAAUUAUCUAACAACCAACCUUCUUAGCUACUGACCAAGCUAGCAAUCGACUGAUAAAGCAAGUACAUAGCAAUCAACCAAAAUAACAUUGACUAACCAACCCACCUUCCUAUCUACUUACUAACAUACCAAUCAACCGACUAACUAACUAGCUAUAACAUCUACUAACCUAGCUACAAAUCGACCAACAAAGAAACAUUUACCGACCAACCCACCAAUGAGCCGGCUAACAAACCACUACCUGCCAACGUUCCUCUCUACAAACUAACAUACAGUUUAAACCUGAUUAUCUCCUACCUGCCUGACCCACUUUCUGUCUGUACUAACGGCCAAUGGGUGAAUAUCCAGUCGUUGAGAGCUCUGUGAAGAUCAUGAUCGUCCUGAUGCUGGCUCUGUUUCCAAAGAUAUUGAAGUGACUGUUAUUUUGUAUAUAUUUAGUUAUAUCUUUGUACUCCUCAGGAUUGUGGGACACGGUGUUUGGAUCUGUCUGCACACACACACUGGAAGACUGAUACUAAAGCUGACUGUGCGUUGUGUCCCCAGCUCCUCUCGGUGUAGCGAUGGUGUUCUCCUCUUCAAACAGAGUCAGCCCCUCCCUGUACUCUCCGUAUCUCACCUAUCAGAUGUCCCUUAACUUCUCUGAGAGGGAGAACGCCACAACGUUACCCACAACCCCCCUCUGCAGCCUGGAGGGGAACGCCACCGCCGCCGAUGAGCUGACGCCGGGCGAGGUGGCCGUCCUGAGCCUGGGGUUCGGGCUCCUCUGGCUGGUCUCCAUCCUGGGGAACGCCCUUGUGUGUCUGGUCAUCCAUCGCAGCCGCAGGACUCAAUCCACCACCAACUACUUCGUGGUGUCGAUGGCGUGCGCCGACCUGCUGAUGAGCCUCGGCUGGGCGCCUUUCAUCCUCUUACAGGUGGCGUCGGGUCGAUGGCCGCUGAGCGCCGCUGCAUGUAAGGCGGUUCGAUACCUGCAGCACCUGUGCCCCGGCGUGCAGGUGUACGUCCUGCUGAGCAUCUCCGUGGACCGGUUCUACACCAUCCUGUACCCGCUGAGCUUCAAGGUGUCGCGGGAGAAAGCCAAGAAGAUGAUCGCGGCGUCGUGGCUGUUCGACGCCGCCUUCGUGUCGCCUUGCUUCUUCUUCUACGGAUCCACCGACAGCACACACUGUGACUUCUUCUUCCUCCCGGACAGCUGGGGCGGAUUGUGCUACGCCUCCAUCCACCUUCUGUUCGGUUUCCUUGUUCCCGCGGUGCUCAUCGUGUCUUUCUACCAACGAGUGGUACGCUACAUCUGGAGAAUCAGCGCCGACGGACACACGGUUCGACGCACGAUGAACAUUGUGCCGCGGACUAAAGUGAAGACCAUCAAGAUGUUCCUGAUGCUGAACUCGGUGUUCUUCCUCACCUGGACGCCUUUCUACAUCGCCCAGCUGUGGCACCCGAGGGAAUCGAACAGUCGUCAGGGUUUGCUCUUCUUCACCGCCAUCGCCUGGAUCUCCUUCAGCUCCACGGCCUCCAAACCCACGCUGUACUCCGUCUACAACGCCAACUUCAGGAGGGGCAUGAGGGAGACCUUCUGCAUGUCCUCCAUGAAGUGCUACCGCAGUAACGCCUACACCAUCACCGCCAGCUCUCGAGUCGCCAAAAAGAACUACAUCGGGGUCGUGGAGAUCCCCGUCCAGAACAAGACGGGGGGCCAGGGACUCGGUUUACGAUGCGUUUGGUCGGGAGGCGAAGGGGAAGAAAGUCGCCUGGAGCUCAAACGCUAACCCCCCGAACACUUUUGUCUAAAAACAAAUUAUGUAAAGCUCCCCUAUCAUCCUCCUCCUCUUCAUCAAUGUAUCACAGCUCUCAGAUAUAUCCAGAGCCUGUCUCUGAUUGGUUGAAACACCAAACAGAUCAUUGCAGCAUUACCCAUAAUCCCCUCUGUUUCAGCCCUGUUUCCAAAGUGCUGAUUCUCUGUCUGUUACUUCAGAUGAAAAUAAGGAGCCCCUCCCCACGCCCCUCUG